AAAACUCACCUUCCAGGAAGAUGAGGACCAGAGUAAAUGGAAUUCAUCCCCUAGAAAUGCCAAUGAUGUUGGCAAGGCAUUCGCACAGUUCUUCACCCAACCCCAGCUCACCAACCUGGCACUGACAGCUGUGGAGGAACUGAGCAGCAGCAGGGCCCAGUGGUCUCUGGCUUCAGCCCGGUUGUUGAGCGCUGUCAUCCAAGAGCGAGGCACAGAUUUACAGAAGGUUGAGGAGAUUGUGGAAGGCAUCCUGGAACAGCUCAAAUCCCAGCUGGAGCCCAGCACAAAGGAGGAGACCCUUCGGGCCAUGUGCUUGCUGGCUGGCAACAACACCCACACUGUGGUGCCCCUGCUGCUCAACAAACCCCUCCCUUGGGAUAGAAUCAUUCUGGACCUGUGGAAGAUGUUUGGCACCCAGCAAGAGACCACCAUCAACAUCCUGCAGCUGCUCUCGGGCAUUUUGGAACAGUGCCGCACAGGGGAAAGGAGAGAGAUGGUGCCCCAGCAUGUGUUGGCGGCCUGUGCCUUGUAUGAGAUGCUGUCUGGGUCCCUGUGCCAGGACUCCAUUCAUGAACUCUUCCCACGGCUCUUGCUGGCUGUGCUGUGUCAUCUCCACUGCGUGACUGACAAAUAUCCUUCCCUGGAGGUUGUCUACAUGGAGAAACAGAGCCCAGGGAAGGAGAGCAAGGUCUUUAACCCAGCUGGGUGUGCCUUAGAGGUGGUGAAGUUGCUGCUGACGGCUGUAUGUGGUGGAGUGUUGGCCGACACAGAAGAGCAGAAGUGCUGGGAGCUUCUAUGCAACCCCCAACUAUACUACUUAGGGGUCAUAGAACUGACAAGGUGGGAACCAUUUUCCCAGCAAGCCUCAUGCCACUCUUGCCCCCUACCUGAAGUUUUCCAGGUCCCAGCACUCAAAUACAGCAGCCUUUACCCUUCCCUUCCUCAUCCCCAGACCUCAGCACUCACGUUUCCCCUGUUCUGUACACACUGCCCCUUUUCCUCAUCCCCACCCUCCAACCCCCAUCCAGCAACUCCUGAGUUCCCUUCUCCCACCCCAGUUGCAUUGUGA